AUGAAUCUUGCUAACCCAUUUGUGUCUCGUUUUGACAGAUCUGAUGCAUACCCAAAAGACUCAUAUUACAGCGAAAGCAUGAGUACAAGAGUUGCCUCGUCUUCAACAACCAGCGUGCACGUGACAGCCCUUGAUGGCCUAGUGAAUGUGAACUCUCUUUUUACAAUCGCCGUCUUUGUUGGUCUAUCCCUUACAACCCCAAAUCAACACAGCCUCGAAAACCGCACAUCCUGCGACGCAAGCAUCGACGUGGCCAAGAAUCUACUAGUUUUCGAGGUUGUGUCCUUCAGUUUCUUCCUCUUUUCUUCUCUGGUAGCACAGGGUCUGAAACUGGCUAUCAAUUUGUUGAACAGUAAAGACGUGGAUGAGGCUUUCAGGGCACACAUUAAUUUGAGGGUUUUGAGGUUCGGGAUGAUGGGAUCGGCUAUUGGGUCGGUUAUGGGUUGUGUGUUUUUGGUUCUUUCAAUAGUUAAUGUGAUUGAGAUUCGGUUGGGUAUGUUGUCUUGUGGGAGUAAGAGUGCUGUUCAUGCUGUGACUGCUUUGGUUCUUUUAGUUUCUUCUGCUCUCUUGGUUUAUAUUUCCACUGCUGUUUAUGCUUUUCUCCACUGA